GAGCCGCGCCACAGAGGGGAACUACAGCACGGAGAGCUGUUGUCAGCACUCAAGCGAACGCUGAAGGGUAGUGAUUGUAUGUACUGGACAAGAGAGGUCGAUAACAUGAAGAUAGCAGCAGCAGGGCUGUACAGUCUCUUCCUCCUCACUGGUCUCGGAGACGGAACAGCAGCCUUUGGCCUCAAUUACGAUGAACCUGUGUCCGACUACGAUUACUACUAUGAUGUGAACUUGGAAAGUAUAAGUGUAGAGCCAGGAGAGGAAGGCUUUGCUAUCAUUACCAUAACGGCCGUGGGAUGUGUAAACACAACGUUGAAAAAAAUUAUGGUGAAGUCCUGCGAUGGCGAAUUUACAAAGGAAUAUUUUGACAAGCAAUGCAUGGAUAAAUUGUGUCUGCCCAACAACUUCAACAAGAACUGUGUGAGGGUGAAAUACGGGAAUGUAUCCUCCACGAACGUCAUCCUCCCUCCCUACAAAGUUUACAAUCACUCGAAGGCACCCAUUGCGAACGCUUGGCACCAUCACCACAGCACCAACACCUCCAGAAUCUGGGUGUUACUGAUGGACGGAGUCUUCACCUACCGGCUACAACUUAAACCACUGGUGAGGCCAUUACGUCUUCCUACUCCACCAAGUUGGCCAUAAUAAAUCACAGCUGGC